AAAAAAAAAAAAAAGAAAAAAGAAAAAAAGGAACGGAGAUGAGAUGCAGAGCAGAAGAGUAAGGGGGAUAAGGAAAAAUUUGCAAAGUAAAUAUGGCAGAUGGUGCUGUGAACUUCUUACUUGAUAAACUAACCACUGUUCUAAUGCAAAAAGCAUCAUUACUUGGAGAUGCUAGCGAUGAAAUUGAAGAAAUAAAGCUUGAGUUAGAAAGCAUGAGAUCAUUCUUAAGAGAUGCAGAACGAAGAAAGGAAAGGAGUGAGUCAGUAGAAACAUGGGUGAGUCAAGUGAGAGAAGUUGCAUAUGAGGCUGAGGAUAUAAUAGACGAGUUCAUUCAUCUCAAAAACAGAAAGCGGAUUAAAAAUGGAUUCAAGGUUGUACUCCAAGAUGUGGUCAACUUCCCCAAGAACAUGACCACAAGGCAUCAGAUUUCUUCUAAGCUACAAAAGAUCAAAGCUAAGGUUCAUGAGGUUUCUGAGAGAAGCAAGCGGUAUGAUUUUGAUCAGCAUGAGGAGGGGAGGACUAGAAAUGUGGCUAGUGGUAGGUGGAAACACUAUGCAGAAUCAUCAUCUUUUGUAGAUGAAGAUGAGAUAGUGGGGAUGGAAGAGAAUUCUGAACAGUUAUUUGGAUGGUUGACAGAGGAGGAACCACGCCGAACAGUUAUUUCAAUCGUGGGAAUGGGUGGCCUGGGUAAGACCACUUUAGUCACAAGGGUCUUCAACAAUCAGGUAAUCAAGAGACAUUUUGAUUGUGGAGCAUGGAUAUCUGUGUCCCAAAUAUAUGGAAUUGAUGAGCUAUUGAGAAGCAUGAUCAAAGAAAUUUUUCAUACAGCACAAGUUCCAAUACCAAGCAACCUGGGUUCAAUGAGUUACAGAUAUCUUAUCGGAUUGCUCAUUGAUUACUUGCAUCAGAAGAGGUAUGUUAUUGUCUUAGAUGAUGUGUGGAGCAUAGAUCUUUGGAGCAAAAUAAGAGGUGCAUUUCCCAAUAAUAGAUAUGGAAGCAGAAUUGUGCUCACAACAAGGGAUGGGAAUGUGGCUGCCUCCAUCGGUAUUGGAAGCCAUGUGCAUCACCUUCAGCCUCUUCAAGAGAAAGAUGCUUGGGCUCUCUUCUGCAAAAAAGCAUUUUGGGAUGACCCAGAGCAUAAGUGUCCUAGAGAACUUCAACCUUUAGCUGAGGCUAUUGUGAAGAAAUGUGAAGGCUUGCCUCUAGCAAUAGUGGCAGUUGGAGGUCUAAUGUGUUCAAGAAGCAAGAGAAUUGGUGAAUGGAAGACUGUUUUUGAAAGUCUCAAUUGGCAACUCAGUUACAAUCCAAUGCUUGAACGAGUGAAAGGCAUCUUGCUGUUGAGUUUCAAUGAUUUACCAUUCUACUUGAAGCAUUGUUUCUUAUAUUGCUGCGUUUUCCAUGAUGGUUACCCAAUCAAGAGAAAGAAGCUAAUUCGGCUGUGGGUGGCAGAAGGAUUCAUUAAGGAAAGAAAAGGAAUGACAAUGGAGGAGAUAGCAGAAGAGUACCUCAUGGAACUCAUUCUUCGAAGCAUGAUUCAGGUCACUGAGACAAAUGAUGCUGGGAGGGUGAAGACAUGCCGAGUCCACGAUGUUAUGCGCGAACUUGCAUUGACAACAUCUGAAAAAGAGAACUUUUGUGCAGCAUAUGAUGGAAGUCAAUCAAAGUUAGAAGGAAGAAUCCACCGUCUAUCAAUCUAUAAUACUGGUGAAACCAUCCAGUUGAGCAGUACAAUGUUGCGCCAUCUUCGCUCUUUCUUCGUGUUUCCAACUGAUAUGUACUCAUCAUUUUCCCUGAAUGCUUUUUCAUCAAAGUUCAAGUUACUGAGGGUACUUAAUCUAGAGGGAGUUCCUGUUGAAACCAUACCAACGACAUUGGUUGAGUUGUUCAAUUUAAGGUACUUGAACUUGAGGGACACCAAGAUUAAGGAGCUUCCCAAGUCAAUGGAAAGGCUAAACAAUCUGCAGAUGCUGGAUGUCUGGAAAACCAAUUUGAAAAGAAUGCCAAAUGGGAUAUCAAAGUUAUCAAAUUUACGACAUCUAUUUACGUGCAGCAAACAAGACCCAGAUUCUGAGUCAAUAAAUGUUCUCAGUGGCAUGCAGGCUCCAAAUGGUAUAUGGAAUAUUCGGACCUUACAGACAUUAGCAUGCAUUGAAGCAGAGACAGAGCUGCUGCAACAAAUUGCGAACUUGGCUAAUCUCAAAAGGUUGGAAAUUACAAAGUUGAGAGCGGUUGAUGGGCCAAAGUUAUGCUCCUCAAUUGAAAGGAUGACAGGCCUAAUCAGAUUAGGUGUGACGGCAACUAAAACAGAAGAACAACUUCAGUUAGAAGCAUUAACUACGCCUCCAUCGUUUCUUCAGAAACUGAAAUUGGUGGGAAGAUUGAAUAGGUUGCCUCCCUGGCUUGGGUCCCUAGCUAAUCUAACUCAUUUAUAUUUGGGAUUUUCAAGUCUAGAAGAAGAUAUACUUUCUUCUCUCCAUGUUCUUUCAGGUCUAGUGUUCCUGGAACUCAAGAACGCUUAUGAUGGGAAAUUCUUGCACUUCAAGGCAGGAUGGUUUCCCAGACUCAACAAACUGACUUUUCUACAACUCGCACGGUUGAAUAGCAUGAAACUAGAGAAGGGUUCACUACCAAGCAUCCGGGAUUUGUAUCUAGUUCGCUGUCAGGAGCUAAAGGUGUUGCCUCACGGCAUUGAGCAUCUCACUAGCCUUCAUAAGCUGCAUUUGGAAGAAAUGACAGAAGAAUUCAUAGAGAGGCUAGAAAAUGGUGACAGUGAAUAUCAAGAAAAGGUAAGGCAUAUACCCCUAAUCAAACUUGUAUAUCUAACAGGAGAAACCCGAGUGGUUGAAACACUUUGAGGAUGGUUCUCCAAUUACUUGAUUUUUUAUUUAAUUUUUUUUUUUUUUUGUCAAGCUCCAAUUACUUGAUUCUUGUAUCACUUUGCUGUUUUGCUCAUGCAAAACCAUAUCUAACAAUGGCAGUUCAGUUUGAAUAACCCAUACAAGCCAAGUACAUAACCAGUUAAAUCAGCUAAAUAAACUAAUACCUGAGAG